UUUUCAAUGAGACAAUAUUAAUUUUUAGCAAUGCACUAUACAUGAAUUAUGUCUUUUUUUUUAAAGAUUCAAUAAAUCGUCAUGUCAAUCAAGAAGGAAGAAGUUCACGAAGUCUUCGGGGAGCCCAUUCUUUAUCGUGAAUGGGGCUAUCGACUGGCCAGUCUGGGCAGAUAUCUUUCGGCCAUAGAUUAUUUCGAGAAGGCAUCUAAAUCGGUCGAGGACCUAAGAACGUUAAUCGGUCUCUGCAGAUCACUCAUUAAAUACACGAGAUACGUUGCUGCGGAAAAACUGUCGAAGAAAUGUAUGAAAAUAGUGGGCGCUUGAUCUCUGCGCUCGUAUCUCUGCGCUGCAGAUCCCGGUCAUUACAAAGCGCGGCAGAUGCGGAUGGAGGCACUCUUCCAGAUCGGUGAGUUCGGUCUCAGCUUGACUUACGCCUACGAAGGCAUGCGACGACAUGGGAUGACCUUUGAGCACGGUGUCUAUCAGGCGUACGAGACUAUUGAAGAUUGUAUCGGUCGGAAUACAUCGCCUAUGGCGCUCCUGCUGCUGUAUCCGUGGAUACAAAGGUUGUGCGAGUACCGUGAGCUUCUGAUCGGCAAACUCGAGGUAGAGGAGGACGAAUUCGAAGGUAUCGAUGAGGAUAAGGCAAGAUUUAAAGUAAACGAUCCGGAAGUGCAACGUCAAGCACGGAUAAAAAAGCUGCAACGCGUCAUAGUGAAAAUGGAUAUGGAUGGCUUGACGAGCGACAAGCAUUUUUUCGAGGAGAUUUCGAGCCGUCCGGAAAUGGUGGCUUCACCUAAUAAGAUCUCGACUGCCAAGCUGCUCGCUCUCGCGAGAACGUGCCAUCGAAACGCGAUGAAUCUGCAGGAGCUUCUUCGAAUGAGACGACCGAUUUACACUCUGCUCUUCCAGCGACAAAAGAUUCUAAAAAGACGCAAAAUGAUGAUUGAACACGAGCGAAAAUUGCGCAGAAACAUCAUCGUCUUAGAAGCGGAUUUUCUAUUGCAUCGCCUGUACAUCGCGAAGAUCAACAAGGAUUACCUUACCUUUUUUAAACUCAUCGAUCGCAUCAAAAAUAAAUUUGACUCUUACUCGGACAAGAUGUUUCCGCUAAAACAAAAGUGCCUGGACGUGCUAUAUAAAAUGGUGGCAUGUGUAUACAUCAAUACGCGUAAUUUGACGUGUCUAGACAACGAGGAAUUGAAGACGACAUAUUUAAAACAUCACUUGGGAAUACGAGUGGCAAUAUUGCCGCGAGAUAGCGAUAUCGCGUGGAUAUCAAAUCCGAAACAGACAUUGAAGAUGUUUCGCAGAAGAUUAGCCAUGGCAUCCACGCCUCUCGAACUCGCCUGGCUGCAUCAUGAAUUUUGCAAGUUUCUCAUCGGCAUUCAUCGCUUCGACUUGGUCAGAUUCUACGCGAAGAAGGGCCGUGACAUAGCGGAUGAGGCGGCUUGCGAAGAAUGGAUUCUGAACUUCGAUCAUUUGAUACUGCGAAUAGAGAUUUAUCAGAAUAAUCGAAACGAGGCGAGAGACGCUGCGGUUUUAGCGCUCGAAUGCGCCAGAAAACUUGGUAUCGAUUGUCUGAUAGAUUUCUAUGAAAGGGCCAUAAAAGUUGUGGACGAGCUGGACCUAGAGCGGAUCAACGAUUUUGACGACGUCAUUGCCAGGCAGCAGCUUAUCGUUGAGCUGAUGCCGAAGGAGAUGAAAGAGGAGGUGAAUUUUCUAUGGCGGCGUAUGAACGUCGUGCCUGCCAAGAGACGACUCUCCGUCAUGCCGGGCUGCAAGCCGAUCGAUCGAAAGUUCAAAAUGCCCUGCAUGCGAAGGACUAUAUUGCCCAGUCCGCCGAAGGAUCCAGAAAGGGACGCCAGGAUCGCUUUGUUAAAGCAAUACGUCCCGCCUCACAAGCGACCGGGCUUCGUCAAUUUCGAAGAAUUCGAAUGAUCAACUCUCGACGAGAAAGUGCGAAUAUUUUUGUUGCAUUGCUCGCCUAGUAUUAUCCACUGCAAGGCAAAUUGUCACUGGAUAAUCAAAACUUCUAAUAAAAAUCAGUAAACAUUAUCAUUACGGUAUUAAUGCAUUCGUUCACUUUGCUAGAGGCUAUUAAAAACUAUGGAUUUUAUCAAACAAAUUAUUUGUAGUUUUUACGAGAGUCAUUUCAUAAGUAACAUGCACAAUGUGGCGACGUCCUGAAUUGGAUGAUGAAAUCCUGGAAAAACUUUUGAACAAUUCUAAUGGAAGAUUUGAAGAAGCGAUAGGCAGCUUAAAAAUUUCUAUAAUAAGGGCAUUGUGAAUUAAAGGAUAUUGGAAAUGGUCUCAAAUAUUGUGACGCGUGAAAAUCAAUGAUCGUAUAUCAAGAUUGAAACUUUACAUAGCCAAAAAUCCAAUAGACAUUUAUAGUGCCUUGCAUAAAGUUUGAAGCAAAGUUGCAUUGUCUAGGCGAGUCUGUUUCUGCAGCAAUCAAAUGAGAGAAUCCACAUCGGGUUGAAAUUUUUCUUUUCUGCAAAUCAUUCAAAGUACGGAAUACUGUCUGAUCAUCACAAAUUUCACGCAAAACACUGGAAUGUCUGUUGGAUUUUUGACCACGUAAAGUUUCAAUCUUGAUGUACGAUUGUUGAUCUUCAUGUCAGUCACAGUACCUGAGGCGUUUAUAGAUGCCAUUUCUAACACUCGUCAAUUCACAAUAAACACCCAUUAUGGAAAUUCUUAAACCACGUAUCGCUUUCCCAGAUCUUCCACUACAACUGUCCAAAUAUUUUAUUGGGAUUAUAUUAUCCACUCCGCGGCGUUAUCAUAUUGUACAUUAUUUAUGAAAUGACCUUUGCAUCGACUCUUUAUCACUGGAGGCAACUUAUUUAAAGAAUCCCAUAUUUUAAAAUUCUACUUUUUUAACU